UUCUCACACCUGCACACACAAACUCUGAAACUCGUACACCACUGCAGUACGAAAACACUCACGUAGCAGCGAUAUGGCACUGGCACGUACCGCCUCGUCCUCGUUGCUGCUUCUCUUGGUGCUCUCGUGCUGGUGCGGCGCCACGACGGCGCGCCCGGCGCCGACCUCUGACGCCGCGGGCACGGGCGCGGGCGCGGGCGCGGGCUUCGUCAAGUCGUGGUGCGCGGGGACGGAGUACCCAGCGCUAUGCGACGCGACGCUGGCCUCGUACGCGGCGGAGGUGGGCACCAGCGCGGCGCGCCUGUCGUGGGCCGCGCUGACGGUGACGCUCGACGGCGCGCGUGACGCGACGGCCGCGAUGAAGGGGAUGGCGGCGGCGGGCCACCUGGCGCCCGUGGCGGCCGAGGCGGCGCGGGACUGCGUGAGCAUGCUCGGGGACGCCGUGGACAUGCUGCGACAGUCGGUGGAAACCAUGGCGCGCCUCGGCGAGGAGGAGGAGGAGAAGCAGCAAGGGCAGCCGGGGAGCAGCAGCAGGAGGAACGUGAGGUUCCAGGUGGACAGCGUGCAGACGUGGGCGAGCGCGGCGCUGACGGACGACGACAUGUGCAUGGAAGGGUUCAAGGGCGAGGCCGCGGUGGUGAGGGAGGCCGUGCGGGGGCACGUCGUCGGCGUCGCGCACCUCACGGCCGACGCGCUUGCCAUUGUCAACGCCAUGGGCAAGUCCAUGGGAGUCGAUAUAUGCCGCGGUUCUUGCAAAUCCACACCGACGCCGCCGCCUGCUACUGCCCCAUAGAAACACCGAAAGCUCCACAUCGAGCAAAAAGAAAAAUGGUUUCAAUCAUCCAUAGAUGUCAUAUGUCAUAAGUGUUGUAGCUUUGCUAAAAAAAGGACCGGCCCUAGUAGCUAAAUAAAGUUUUCGACACAUGUCUAGACAGAUAUCUGUAUAAAAAAAAUCAAUCACUACUAUAAAAUUUUUUUCGUAACAACAUUUUCAUCAAUAUAUAGUUCAGUAAAAAAACAUUUAUGAUAAUA